AUGGGAUUGCCAAUGAAGAUUCUCAUCAGCGUCGCCGAAUUUUUGCUCGCCAAGAAAACUGUGAAAGUCGCGACGAGCAAAGCCGGCCAAUUUAUUCAGCACAAAUUGACGGGCGGCCACAGCCAAGCGAGCGCUUCGAAAAGCUUGAGCCAACGUUUUGUGCCCUCUUACGGCAAAAUAACGAGCCUGAUCGCCGUCUUAGUGGGCCUCUACUCAUUUUUCAAGUCGGAUAAAAAGAAUACCAAGGAUCAAGAAAGCAAGUCGAAGAAAGGUGAGGACUCCACGAUCGACCAGCUAAAAGCAUUCCUCCACCGUCUUCAAUCGCCUAGCCAAGCUUCGAAA